AAAUUGCUCAUCUUGUGCACGCCCAGCGGAUCUGACCAGAAAAUGAGCCCCUCUUCUACCAGCGAUUCCAAAGAAGAAUCUUAUCUUAACGACGACCUUUUGGGCGGAGGCGAUGUUCCCCCACCCCCACGACCUAAAGCUGUGGAUGUCGCAGAUUAUUCCCUACCAAAGGCAGCAGGUGUGAAAGAUCUUGGUGCUUUUAUUAGUGCCCAAACCAAUGGCCAAUCCAAGAGCCAAACCACUGCUCAGACUAGCGGCCAGAAGGGAUCGGUUCGUUUGGUCAUUGGCAUAGAUUACGGCACUACUUUCACAGGUCUUGCAUACGCUGUGUCGCGAUCCAACGUCGCUAAACUAGAAGAUAUUCAGACGAUUUCUAGUUGGGGUGCGAAUAUGACCAACCAUUUCAAGAUCCCAAGCGUAUUCUCAUACUCGCUAUCUGAAGAUGGGCAGCUCCAAUGGGGUGCGAACAUCAACCCUAACGCGGUGACAAUGGUGAAUACAAAGUUGGAACUCGAUGUGCAAGACAAUAAGAUUGAAGAGCUUGAACUUCUCCUACAAGUUUUAGAUGGUACUCGCAACUUGAAGUUUGAACAUGUGAGGAACUCUAAGGGAGACCCGGAUUACACGUGGAGGGAUCCAGAAGUUAUUAUUACGGACUACUUGACUGAAGUCUUCAAAGCUCUCCAGCGAACAUUUCAAGACUCCGGUUCCCAUGUUAUGGGCCACAUCCCGGUUGACAUUGUUAUCACAGUGCCGGUGGAUUGGUCGUAUCGAGCCAAAAACUCAACCCUUCAGGCAAUUCGGAAAUCAGGCUUUAAUGAGGAGAACUUUCCUAAGUUGAGUGACAUCAUUAUGAUCACAGAACCAGAGGCGGCUGCAAUAUUCACCGCACGCCACUUGAAGGAGGAAAAGCAGGAAGAAUUUCUGAAGGCAAGAACGAGAUUGCUUUGUGCUUUGCGACGCUGGAGGUGGAACAGUUGUACGUGCAUCAUUUUGACCGCUGAAAGUCAGUCCUCUGAUAGAAUGAAACAGGAUGCCGUGGCCUAUAGGGUCAAGCAAUUGGAACCAACACUUGAGCUCGAAAAGUUCUCAAAUGCUACAAGUGCAAAGGUUGGAUCGUCAUAUAUAGAUGCCAAUUUCAAGCGCUGGCUCCGGGAGACUAUUGGCAACGACAAAUAUGGAACUAUAGAUCCAAAUAUUGCUGGAGAGCAGGCCACAAACACCAUGGAAGGAGGUUUGGUGAGAAGACUUGUGAAAAGCUUUGAUCAGUACAAAAAGACAUUCUCAAACACCUCUCCGGAUGUCAGAUUCGAGUUGCCACAACCAGACCCCCUUCCAGAACCUACACCCAAGCCCAUUCAUAUUCCUGGAAGGGUAGAUAAUGGGCUUUUAACGAUAACCAACGAAGAGAUGAAGGGCCUCUUUGACCCGUGCGUCGACGGAGUCAUCGAUCUUAUCCUCGGUCAAAUACACCAGGUUUCGAAGCAGAAUCAUCGGGUAAAGAAUGUCUUCUUGGUCGGAGGCUUUGGCGAAUCGCCAUAUCUGCAGGAAGAAUUGAAGAUUUCUCUGGACAAGCGGUACAUAUUAAUGAGACGUCCAGAUCAGCGAAAAGCAUGGACAGCCGUAGUCCAAGGUGCCGUAAUGUACGGGAUCGAGAAAUCGAAUUACAAGAACGUUGUGACUAUGGCAACGUGCUCGACAAGCUAUGGAAUCAAGAUCAACCAGACGAUGCGCGUCUACAAGUACGACAAGACAGACGUGACUAGGAACCCAGUAACGAACCACGUCGUAGCGCAACACCAGAUGAUCUGGCUUAUCCGCAGAGGCGAUCUUCUUUUGUCCGAUGUUCAUAAGGAGACCGAGGAGAAGGUUGUCUAUCAUUUCACGACCGAAAGUGGGAGAAAGUUUCAACUUCCAAUUUACGAAUACCCUAAUGACGAUGAAAUGGAACCGAAGCGUUUUCAGGAUGCACAACAUGAGCUGGAAACGGUUGCUGUGCUCAACAUCGAUCUUUCAACGGUUCCCCUGAGCAAUUUCGACCAGGGAAAUAACCCUCAGACGGGAGUUCCUUACUUUUCAGCACCUUUGGUUUUGAAGAUGAAGCUCUUCGGCAGAAGGUUAGUUGUGCAAAUAUUGAUGGAUGAUGAAGUCUUCUGUGAGACAACAAUUGAAGAUCUUGAAAGCCAAACUUCGAAUGAGAGGGCUAAUAAUAACUAA